AUCGGCAUCAGACCUCGGCCAACGUCAUUUUUGAGGAUUUCACAAUUUUGGCAGCAAAUCCAGUGAUGAAUCUUUCAACCUGCUUUGAAAAUGCCACCAUUUGCCAGGGUGACUCAUGCCUGACACCUGAGAACAGGUUCAACCAAAUUUUGAAUAUAGUCUUAAGUACGGUCUUGACCAUCAUGCUGGCCAUGGUGAUGUUUUCAAUGGGCUGCAAUGUGGAGAUAAAGAAAUUCCUGGGACACUUAAGAAGACCAUGGGGCGUAAUAGUGGGCUUCCUCUGCCAGUUUGGAAUCAUGCCCCUCACAGGCUUCAUCCUGUCGCUUGCCUUCAAUGUCCUGCCCGUGCAGGCAGUGGUGAUUAUAAUCAUGGGAUGCUGUCCAGGAGGAACAGCUUCUAAUAUCUUGGCUUACUGGGCAGACGGAGACAUGGACUUGAGCAUCAGUAUGACAACAUGUUCAACUCUGUUGGCCAUGGGAAUGAUGCCUCUUUGUCUCCUUGUUUAUACCAAAAUGUGGACGGAUGCCGGUUCGAUCGUCAUCCCUUACACCAGUAUAGGUACCUCCUUGGUAGCCCUAGUCAUCCCUGUUUCUUUGGGAAUGUAUGUCAACAGCAAAUGGCCUAAGAAAGCCAAGAGCAUACUUAAGAUUGGUUCCAUUCUGGGUGCAAUCCUCAUAGUGCUCAUAGCUGUGGUCGGAGGAAUAUUAUACAAGGGUUCCUGGAUUAUUUCUCCCAAUCUGUGGAUCAUAGGAACGAUAUUCCCAGCCGCUGGCUACACUCUGGGUUUUGUUCUGGCUCGGGUAGCUGGUCAGUCUUGGUUGAGAUGCCGUACUGUGGCUUUUGAAACGGGACUGCAGAAUGCUCAGCUGUGUUCAACGAUAGUUCAACUCUCCUUCACCCCUGAACAGCUGAAUCAGAUGUUUACCUUUCCACUCAUCUACAGCAUUUUCCAGAUAAUCUUUGCAGCAAUAUUCUUAGGAUUCUAUCAACUUUACAAGAAAUUGGGAAAAAACAAGCUCAAGUUGCAGGAAGACCAAGGCAUUGAAACCACACCAGAACCAUUCCCCUUGAACGUGAACAGCGCCUUCCAACAAGAUGAAAAUUAGAUUUCAUGUGCACACAGCAGGUCAUACCUGAGGAAUUCUCUUCAUCUUUAGUUUCUUGGUAAAGGACUGAUUUGGGCAAAAUAUUAGACCAGAAAAAUAACUCAAUUGAAAUCAGAUCUGCACCCUACGUGUUACAAGUCUUCACCAAAGCAAAGAUGGUUGUCAUCUUACAGGGCAAUGCUCAUUUAAUCAAAUAAUUAACAUCUUCAUAGUCUAGCAUGACAAACACCUUCAUUCCAUCAAUUCUGAAAUUUGGAUCACCCAACUAUUUGGAAGAGCAAAAUAUGAACGAAGAGAUGUGACACCAAGACGAAUAUUCAGGUGACCUGAAAGUUACUGUGCGGAAAUCCCCUCCAGUGAAGCUCUCUGGGUUCCUCAGCUCCCAGGGAAGGGUUGUGCAAUGUAUCACUGUUUCUGUAAAGUGACUAAGCUUUGCUCUAGCAUACU